CAGUUACCAUCACGUCGUCACACGUGGAUGACCCAAAUUAAACGCAUCGUUUUGUUGCUUACGCAAGAACAAAGCUCUCACUGAAAGAGAAGAAGAAAAAGAUGAUUCCAUCUGUUUCUUGAGGAAACUUCUUCCGUUGCAAAAGCUUACGAAGUCUUCCAUUAAUGGAAGCGGCCUCAUUUCACUCUCUUGCUGAUGUAGUAGCUUCCAUAAGCUUCCUAAGCGUUACUGGUGGAGGUUUGAUUCAUUAAAUUCUGCUACGUUGUGGGAUCUUCAAGAAGAAUCCUUUGUAUGUAAGAUUCGAAUUGAAGAUUCUGUCUUUUAUUUUGUGAGCUAUGUUUUGUUAUUCAUCUUGAUGUGUCUUAUUGUUAUACUCUAGCAGUUUUGAAUCUAUCAUCGAAGAUAUGGAAAACCCUUUUGCAUCCAGAGAAAAGGGUUUUGGUAAUUAUUCAGAUAUUACAACAGAACAUAUGGAUGGUUUAAGCACAACCUUUGGUUCUGGCGUUAAGAGUUUGAUCUCUGAUGAUAUGCUCAACUCUUCCUCCGAGCUUAUGAAUUUCGACUCUUUUGCCGCAUGGUGUAACAGCCCUUCCUCUACUGAUAUCUUGUUCGCGCAAUACGGUCUGUCGAACUCCCAACCUAUGCCUUUUGGAGCUUUCACUUCAUUUCAUGCAGCUGACCCGAAGUCUACCAGUCUCACUCGUUCGUUCCAUGAUUUGGAAAGCUCUUACUAUGGUCAAGAAAGAUCGUCAGUACAGGAAUUGAGCUCUCAGUUUCAUCGCUCAUCAGAUAGCGAUGAGUUAAGUGGAAAACGGCGCAAGGUUGUUAAUCAGAAGAUUGGUUUUCCUAACGUACUCAACUGUACUAUUCCCAGAUCUUUGAGCCACUCAUUAGAUGAGAAGAUGCUUAAGGCAUUAAGCUUAUUUAUGGAGUCCUCAGGUUCAGGAGAGGGCAUUUUAGCCCAAGUUUGGACCCCUAUCAAGACAGGAGAUCAGUACUUGCUUAGUACUUGUGAUCAAGCCUAUUUGCUUGAUCCGAGGCUUUCUCAGUACCGUGAAGUGUCAAGGAAAUUUACAUUUGCUGCUGAAGCAAAUCAAAGUUCUUUUCCGGGUCUUCCUGGCCGAGUCUUUAUCUCGGGAGUACCUGAAUGGACAUCAAACAUUAUGUAUUACAAGACGGAUGAGUAUUUGCGCAUGAAGCAUGCAAUUGAUAAUGAAGUCCGUGGUUCCAUUGCAAUACCUAUCCUUGAAGCCUCCGGGACAUCUUGUUGUGCUGUCAUGGAACUCGUUACAUCCAAGGAAAAACCCAAUUUUGAUAUGGAGAUGGACUCUGUUUGCCGUGCUCUCCAGGCUGUAAACUUACGGACAUCAGCCAUUCCUCGUCCUCAGUACCUUUCAAGUAGUCAAAGAGAUGCCUUAGCUGAAAUACAGGAUGUUCUCCGAGCAGUAUGUCAUGCACACAAGCUGCCCUUAGCUCUUGCCUGGAUUCCUUGUAGAAAGGAUCAAUCUAUAAGGGUUUCUGGACCAAAAUCUGGUGAAAAUUAUAUUCUUUGCAUAGAGGAGACAGCUUGUUAUGUGAAUGAUAUGGAGAUGGAAGGCUUUCUACACACAUGUUUGGAGCAUUGUCUAAGAGAAAAGGAAGGGAUUGUUGGUAAAGCUUUCAUAUCCAACCAGCCGUUCUUUUCUUCUGAUGUGAAGGCAUAUGACAUCAGUGAGUACCCUAUUGUUCAGCAUGCUCGAAAGUACGGUCUGAAUGCUGCUGUUGCUAUAAAACUGAGGAGCACUUACACUGGCGAAGAUGAUUACAUACUUGAACUAUUCUUGCCUGUAAGUAUGAAAGGAAGCUUGGAACAACAACUUCUUUUAGACAGCCUUUCGGGUACAAUGCAGAGGAUUUGUCUGACUUUGAGAACUGUUUCAGAAGUGGGGUCAACGAAAAAAGAAGUGUCUAAUUUCCCGCAGAUCACGUCUUUGGGAAACUUUCAGACACGAUCAUUGGAUUCCGAGGUUAACUCUACUAGAAGCAUAUUUUCGGGUAUGUCCUCUGAUAAAGAAAACAGUAUCACAGUAUCUCAAGGCGCUUUGGAGCAGGAUAUGAGCAAAGCAAGAACACCAGAGAAAAAGAAAAGCACUACAGAGAAAAAUGUGAGCUUAAGCGCUCUUCAACAACACUUUUCUGGGAGUCUAAAGGAUGCUGCAAAAAGCCUUGGUGUUUGUCCAACUACAUUAAAACGGAUAUGUAGGCAACAUGGGAUCAUGAGGUGGCCAUCUCGUAAGAUUAACAAAGUGAACAGGUCACUAAGGAAAAUACAGACGGUACUUGACUCGGUCCAAGGUGUAGAAGGAGGACUAAAGUUUGACUCAGCAAUAGGCGAAUUCAUUGCAGUUGGACCUUUGAUCCAAGAAUUUGAUACCCAAAAGGGUCUAUCGUCUCAUGGUAAUGAUGCACAUGCAAGAAGAAGUCAGGAGGAUAUGACUGACGAUACUUCGUUCGAGCUCCAUGAAGCUAAAUUUGUCGACAAUGCCAUUAAGUUAGAGGAUAUUACCAUGAACCAAGCAAGACCACGAUCAUUCAUGGAGAUUAAUGCUAGGGGUCAGCCGUGGGGUUGGAUGGCCGAACAGUCUGGCUUGAAUGGCAGUAAAGGAAUAAAGAGCGUUUGCAACUUAAGCUCUCUGGAAAUUUCAGAUGGAAUGGAUCCAACAAUCCGAUGCAGUGGCAAUAUUGUUGAACCUAACCAAUCCAUGUCAUGCAGCAUAUCAGAUUCAUCAAAUGGCUCAGGUGCAGUUCUGCGCGGAAGCUCAUCUACUUCCAUGGAAGAUUGGAACCAAAUGAGAACCCACAACAAUAAUAGCAGUGAGAGUGGAUCAACAACGCUGAUCGUAAAGGCCACCUAUAGAGAAGACACAGUACGUUUCAAGUUCGAGCCAACAGUUGGGUGUCAUCAGCUCUACAAAGAAGUUGGAAAACGCUUUAAACUGCAAGACGGGUCGUUUCAACUGAAGUACUUGGAUGAUGAAGAAGAAUGGGUGAUGCUGGUUACAGAUUCUGAUCUCCAAGAAUGCUUGGAGAUACUAUAUGGUAUGGGAAAACACUCCGUGAAAUUCCUGGUUCGGGAUUUUCCUGCCCCUAUUGGUAGUUCUGCUGGCAGCAAUGGUUACCUAGGAACAGUCAUUUCCGAUGUCCCGGAGAUAGAAGCGCAAGGUAACGAGUGCUUGAAAGAAUACGGCGGUGAUGUUGGUUUCAGAUUUUGUGCGCCUCGGAUUUUUCCGACGAUUUGUUAUACAAGAUGCCGUGAGAUCAAGCGAGCUAAAGGUGGAAGAUGCCGUUGGGGGCAGGGCAGUAACGUCAAAUGCUUAUGCGACUCUUGCGACGAUACUCCACGAUAAAAUCUAAAGCAAUCGCUAAUCAAUGCACUAUGGCUGCAAUAGACGAAAUCGCUAUAAUAAAUAUACACGUUGUCUUUACGUACUUGCACAAGUUUUAGUCAUGGUUUGUGUGAUAAAUGAAUGUGAAUGGUCUAUCCAAGUGAUAAUACAAUAAUGAAUGUGAA